CAGCCAACCACCACGUAGGAGCUAUGACUCUCAAGCAGCUCCUUGUUACCCUUUUCUUACAGUUGUUGCAGAUGAUGUCGGUACUGGCUCAAACUCCCGUCACGCUCAACGUGGUAGAAAAAACAUCGUAUCCUUUCUCCACCCCGGGAAACACUCAAGAGUUUGAGUUGGCUGGAACUGGCACGGACGGGGCGACAACUCUAGUAGAUCGAAUUCGCGUGAGCGAAUACCUAGUGUUCGACGACACGCAUUCGACCCCUUUCUUGUCAACGGCCACUGCAGCCUCGACAUACACGCAAACGUUUAUUGCCGUCGGUUCAUCCGCGUAUGAAAUUAUCUACGUUCCGGAGGAAACGGGUGCCGUCGCCGUAUCGCAGUCUUGCGUAUUUGGAGGGCAAGAUAAGGGGCAAUGUGUCGAGGAAGAUUGGGUUGUGGGACAGUCUUCUACACAGACAACGACCUUCACUGGGCCUGCUGUUCCGUAUUGAAUACUGGUAAUGCGCAACGCCGGUUCUGAGAGCGUGCGCUUAGUCAGCACUAAUUUGGCGGGUGUCGCGUCUGAAACGCGGCGAAUAUGAGCACUGACUUUCAACUUGAUAUGCAACUUCGUGUAGAGUUCAAAUCGUA